CGAAAGUAGUGGUAAAUAGUGAUAUUACUUCCUCGUCUGAUUUACGUACAAAUAAGGUCAAGGAAAAUAUAAAGAUAUGCAUACGAUUGUUGCGGCAAUAGAUUUCGGAACAACAUAUUCAGGCUGGUCUUUUUCAUUUCGAGCUGAUUAUGAAAGAGACCCUAGAAAAGCCGAAGUAAAACACUGACAUUCCGGUAUUGGAACUCUAGUAACAGUCAAAACACCUACUUGUUUGCUGGUAAAACCAGAUGGAGUCACUUUUCAAGCGUUUGGCUAUGAUGCAGAAAAUCAAUACUUGUAAUUAGCUGAUAGUAAUGAGCAGAGGGAUAACUACUAUUUUAGAAGAUUCAAAAUGUUACUAUUCGGUGCACUUGGGAAGCACCUUACGAAAGAAACCAUUGCCAUGGAUGAAAUGGGAAAGGAACUUUUGGCUGUAGAUGUGUUUGCAAUGUCUAUCAAAUUCAUGGCCGACGAUUUGAUGGCUGUUGUCAAUCAACGCCUGACUGGGAUAAUAAUGGAGACUGAUAUCCACUGGGUGCUCACAGUGCCAGCGAUAUGGUCCGAUCCUGCAAAACAGUUUAUGAGGCUUGCUGCAAUAAAGGCUGGUAUAGGUACAGAAAGACUGACAAUAGUCCUUGAACCGGAAGCUGCCUCGUUAUAUUGUCGACAUCUUCCUGUGGAUACAACCAUUUGUGAUGGUAGUUUGACGAUAUCCGAAUUUCCGACGGGAUCAAAAUACAUAGUUCUCGAUGCUGGAGGGGGAACGAUUGAUAUCACGGUCCAUGAAGUUCAAAGUCAGUUUACCUUAAGAGAAGUAAGAGCAGCAAAUGGAGGUGACUGGGGAGGAACCAUGGUUGAUAAAGCGUUUGAAAACUUUCUCAUUGACAUAGUUGGUGAAACUGUGUUUGAUACUUUUAAACAUUCGGAAACGGUAGAUUGGCUUCAUCUUAGUCGAGACUUUGAAUUGAAAAAACAAACAGCUGGAACACAAUCAAACGGAAACGUAUUCAUGCAUUUUCCGGUAUCGCUUAUUGAUCUAUUUGAGACGGAACAAGAGAGAAAAAUAACUAUCAAAGAUGCAAUAGUAGCUUCAAAAUACAGUAAAACAGUAGAGCUGAAGAGAGACAGGUUGAAAAUAUCACAUUCUACAGUAGAAAAGUUAUUCGAAGAUUCCAUACAGCAAAUAGUUAAGCAUGUACAAACAUUGGUAAAAAAAGAAAGAAUGGCAGACGUCAAAGCCGUACUCAUGGUGGGUGGAUACUCAGAGUCUCCUUUAUUGCAACGUGCAAUCAAAUCAGCACUUCCAGGAAUCCAUAUUUUGAUUCCACAAGAGGCGUCAUCUGCUGUGUUAAGGGGAGCCUUGAUUUUUGGCCACAAUCCUAUGACAAUAACCGAGAGGAUACUUAAAUAUACAUAUGGUAUAAAGACGAACCUUCCAUUUGAGGAAGGAAAACAUCCAGAGAGCAAACGUAGGAAGACUGAUGCAGGUGACCAUUGUGACAACGUUUUUGACAAACUGAUAGAAAAGGGGUUGAGCGUGACGCCAGGUGAAACACAAGUUAAAAGGCAGUAUUCGACUGGUAACAAGAAACAAACUAGAUUAUAUUUUGAUAUUUUCAUUUCUGAAGAAAAUACUCCAACAUAUGUAGAUGACAAAGGAUGUACCAAAAUCGGAACAAUACAAAUAGACUUUAAAGAACCAGACGAUUUACCUGGACGGGCAGUCAAUCUAACAAUGUUACUUGGCGGCUCAGAAAUCAUUGUAGAAUUAGAGGAUGAAAAGACAGGAAACAAAGUAAUAAAUACAACGGAGUUUUGGGGGUAAACGACAAUAAGUGACAAUUUGCAUACAACUCAUAUUAUUUUGAAUGACACGUAGGUUCGAAAUGCUCAUAUCAUGGUUAAGUUUUAUUCUAUAAGUACACUUAUUGUAAAUUGAUGUUUCGAAUAUGUUGAUCAACCCCUUUUUUCAGCUCACAUUAGAAAGUGAUUAUAAGUUAGUCAUAAAUUUAUGUAUAGUGUUAUGAUUAAAGGGCUUUAAUAAUUUGAAUGGAAUAGUAAUAUUAUUAAUUAGAACGAUAAUUAAACAAAUGUUUCAUAUAAUCUUAGAUUAAGAACUGAAUUAUGAAGGAUCCUUAUUUAAGACAUAGUACUAGAGAUUAACCAAUAACACAAAUAAUAACCCUUCCCUGCAUUAACAUGUACACCUGUAAGACACCAGUUAAUAGGAAGAACGAAGAAACUGUAUGGUGAAAAACUUAAUGAUUAAUCAUUUCAUUGUAAUUUCAAAUUUCAUGGUAAAUGCUGAAGAUAUUUUUUCUUGAUUUUAUAUAUGAUGUGUGUGUGUGUGUGUGUGUGUGUGUGUGUGUGAUAUGGUAGAAGUAACAUUAUAUUUAAAUUUCAGCUUAAAAAGCAUUUUCCGAUGUCAUACAGUAACCAUGUAUUUGACAAUUUUACUGCAUUGAGUUAAGUUCUUUCCGCAAUAAUCCAGGAAUAAUUGGGGAUUAAAGAUGGAUCAAUGAUUUGAUAGGUAGGACUUUCUGGAAGAGGGAAUACAUGAAAUAGAAAAUUAAACGUUUAAGAAAAUCUUAAACAACAUGCUUCAAAACGAUCAAAUCAAGACUUAUGUAUUAUUUUCCGUCUUAAAUGUGAUAUUUAAACAACCAAACUUAUUUUUUAAAUUGGUUUUCAUUGUUUAAAAUUUUAGGUGCUAUCUCUACUUAUUUCCGUAUAUUGAUUGAUAUUUUAAAUGAAUUGAUAAAAAUGAUUAUGCCAAUGACGAGACAGAAGUUGGGAGAAUAUUUAAAUGUGAAAAUCUAAAUAAAUACUUUAAGUUAGCAAUAUUUUUGGCAUUUGUUAUAAACAAUAAUGCCGAGAAAAAAGUCAUUUUGUUGACUAGCCCUACUGACAUCAUUUUAAAGUUUUUAUUGAAAACAAAUCAGUACAUAUUGACCAUAGGGGUCUCUGCCAACGGUUAAGAUUUGUUGCUUACUUCGAAUCUCUGUCGGAUUGCGCUCAUCUCAACUCAUCAUUUGAAGAAGUCAUUCAUCUGGCUUGUGGAGCAUCUAUGCAAGGUGCCCGCCCAUGCCUGAAAUAAUACCCGAAGAGACAUAAUGGGUUACUAAAGAACGUAGUAUUUGUGUUUACACUAUUGUUUGGCCCUACACCAUCUUUUUAAAAAUGUCACCAUUUUGAUAACUUGUGUUUCAAUAGAUAUGAAAGUAGUGUAGUAUCAGUAUUAGGAAGUCGGACAAAACUGCAAAAUAGACUGUAAACUGAACCUCAGUGGUGUCUAUAUUAUUUUGUAAAGUAAUUUCAAAGAACAUUAAACUGAACAUACUAAACAAAGGUGGUACGAUUACAAUCUAACUAAAUAUUCUAUAAAUUGUUGCUCAGGUAUUUGUAUCUGUGUACAUACUGAGUAUUAUCAGUAAAAUCUUGAAUCUCAUUGUUUUUGUGAACAUUUUGUUUCUGAAAAACGCAAGUUUAUUCACAACAGACUGACUCGUAUCUGUUAUGUUACUAUAAAUACAAAAUAAAGGAAUAAAAGUAAUGUUU